UGCUGGACACGCUCCUCUCACACCACCAGCGAAUGACACGCGAGGAGGAGGAGGAAUAGAUGAGGAGAAGAUGCUGUCUCUUCUCUCCCAUCGCUCCAUCACUUUGACAUAAAAAAAGAAAGAAAGCAGAGAAGAGCAACAACUACAGAGGACACACAGGAUAUACAUACAUAGUUUUAUUAAAGAAAGACAAACCCUACUCUUCCCCAUUCUCCUUUUCAAGGAGGGCAUUUUUCUUCCCUUUCCCCCCCUUUCCUUUUCUGCCCCGAUUUUUUCCUCUGAGAUCCCGGUUUUGUCACCAGCCGCCCCUGAACUUCUCUGGGAUUUCAGGUGAGGCGCGCGUGUGUAGUGGGGGGUGCUUUUCCAUUUUUUUUCUGCCACCUGUCAUGGCGCACGCGGCCUCCCAAUUGAAGAAGAAUCGGGGGGAAGUGGAUGUGAAUGCAUUAGAGGACGAGAAGGAGAAGCGGAGGAAGAGCAGGAGAGCAUCGUCCCGGGAACAAAAGAGAAAGUCUGAUAGUAAUGCCAGUUACCUGCGAGCUGCCCGGGCAGGGAACCUUGAAAAAGUCCUUGACUACCUCAAGUCUGGAGUUGAGAUUAACAUUUGCAAUCAGAAUGGCCUGAACGCUCUUCAUUUGGCCUCCAAAGAGGGGCAUGUAGAGGUUGUUGCUGAGCUGCUGAAGCUUGGAGCCACUGUAGAUGCUGCCACAAAGAAAGGAAACACUGCUCUGCACAUAGCCUCACUGGCCGGCCAGGCGGAUGUCGUCAGAGAGCUGGUCACUAAUGGAGCCAAUGUCAACGCACAAUCACAGAAUGGCUUCACUCCUCUGUACAUGGCAGCCCAGGAGAAUCACCUGGAGGUCGUUCGGUUUCUUCUGGAGAACAGCGCCAGCCAGAGCAUCGCCACAGAGGAUGGCUUCACCCCUCUGGCGGUGGCCCUCCAGCAGGGCCAUGACCAGGUGGUCUCCCUGCUACUGGAGAACGAUACAAAGGGCAAGGUGCGCCUGCCUGCCCUGCACAUCGCUGCUCGCAAGGACGACACCAAGGCCGCGGCCCUGCUCCUGCAGAACGACCACAACGCUGAUGUCGAGUCCAAGAGUGGUUUCACCCCCCUCCACAUCGCUGCUCAUUAUGGAAACAUUAAUGUGGCCACAUUACUGCUGAACCGAGGGGCUGCUGUGGACUUCAUGGCGCGGAAUGACAUCACACCGCUUCAUGUGGCAUCAAAAAGGGGCAAUAGCAACAUGGUCAAGUUGCUGCUGGACAGAGGGUCCAAGAUUGAUGCAAAGACCAAGGAUGGUCUGACACCUCUUCACUGUGGAGCAAGGAGCGGGCACGAACAGGUGGUCGAAAUCCUGCUGGACCGAGGAGCUCCUAUCCUGUCCAAGACCAAGAACGGCCUGUCACCGCUGCACAUGGCCACUCAGGGGGACCACCUGAACUGCGUCCAGCUCCUGCUCCAGCAUGACGUGCCGGUGGACGACGUCACCAACGACUACCUGACAGCUCUGCACGUUGCUGCGCACUGUGGGCACUACAAGGUGGCCAAGCUCAUUGUGGACAAGAAGGCCAACCCGAACGCAAAGGCUCUGAACGGUUUCACCCCGCUUCACAUCGCUUGCAAGAAGAACAGAAUAAAAGUGAUGGAGCUUUUGCUUAAACAUGGAGCAUCUAUCCAAGCUGUUACUGAGUCGGGUCUGACGCCUAUCCAUGUGGCCGCCUUUAUGGGUCAUGAAAAUAUAGUUCAUGCACUGACGCGGCACGGAGCAUCACCCAACACCACCAAUGUGCGAGGGGAGACAGCUCUCCACAUGGCAGCCAGGGCUGGCCAGGCAGACGUAGUCCGAUACCUGCUGAAAAACGGAGCCAAGGUCGACACCAAGUCCAAGGACGACCAGACAGCGCUGCACAUCUCCAGCCGCCUGGGAAAAGUAGACAUCGUACAGCAGUUGCUGCAGUGUGGCGCCUCUGCCAACGCAGCCACCACUUCAGGUUACACCCCACUACAUCUGGCCGCCCGCGAAGGACACCAAGAUGUCGCUGCCAUGCUGCUGGAGAACGGUGCCUCACUUUCAUUUGCAACUAAACAGAAAGGGUUCACUCCGCUGCACGUGGCGGCAAAGUACGGCAAGAUGGAAGUGGCCAGUUUGCUCCUGCAGAAGAAAGCCCCACCUGAUGCUGCUGGAAAGGUGAGGAUGCGAUGACAGGUGAUACAGACAAAUACCUGCGGCCUCAGGACCUCAAGGAGCUGGGGGACGACUCUCUUCCACAGGAGGGCUACCAAGGUUUCAGCAUAGGAGCACGCUCAGCCAGCCCUAGAAUCAGCCUCCGCUCAUUCAGUUCGGAUAGGUCCAACACGCUCAACCGGAGCUCCUUUGCCCGAGACAGUAUGAUGAUUGAGGAAAUUCUGGCCCCCACGAAAGACACGCUUCAGAGUGUCUGUAAAGACAUUUCCUACUUGGUCGACCCGCUCAGUAAGCACCUUGCUGCGACCAAAGACUACAGCUCAGAGUGUAUGCGGCGCUACAGCUGGACUCCGGAUAUGAUGGACCACAGCCACAACACAGUGUCAAGCCCCAUUCACUCUGGCUUCUCCUCCCCGCUCCCUCAGUAUGACUCCAGGUUCUUAGUCAGCUUCAUGGUGGAUGCCCGUGGUGGGUCUAUGAGAGGCAGCCGUCACAAUGGCAUGCGCAUCAUCAUCCCUCCCAGGAAGUGCACGGCGCCUACUCGCAUCACCUGUCGCUUGGCUAAGAGGCACAAACUGGCCUACCCGCCGCCAAUGGUGGAGGGAGAGGGACUCGUCAGCCGACUGGUGGAGGUCGGACCUGCUGGCGCUCAGUUCCUUGGUCCUGUGAUUGUGGAGAUUCCUCAUUUUGGUUCGAUGCGAGGGAAAGAGAGGGAGCUGAUUGUGUUGAGGAGUGACAAUGGUGACACUUGGAAGGAGCACCAGUCUGACAGCAGACCAGAAGACCUCCCUGAGCUGCUCACUGGGAUGGAUGAAGAAAUGGACAGUCCUGAGGAGCUGGAGAAGAAGCGCAUUUGCCGCAUCGUCACCAGAGAUUUUCCGCAGUAUUUUGCUGUGGUGUCCAGGAUCAAACAGGAGUCUAACCACAUGGGUCCUGAUGGAGGCAUGCUGUCUUGCAACAACGUACCCAUGGUCCAGGCCUCAUUUCCACAGGGGGCGCUCACUAAGAGGAUCCGUGUUGGCCUGCAGGCACAGCCUGUCCCAGAUGACAUGGUGAGGGCAGUCCUCGGAAACAGAGCCACCUUCAGCCCCAUCGUCACCGUAGAGCCCAGAAGGAGAAAGUUCCACAAGCCGAUCACCAUGACAAUCCCCGUCCCGCCCAGAUCAGCAGAGGGUCACCCCAGCGGCAAGCGAGGCGACGCCGCGCCCUGCUUGCGUCUGCUCUGCAGCAUCACCGGAGGGACGUCUCCUGCACAGUGGGAGGACAUCACAGGAACCACACCGCUGUCCUUUGUAACUGACUGCGUCUCCUUCACCACAAACGUGUCGGCCAGGUUCUGGCUCGCAGACUGUCACCAGAUUCCUGAGACGGUGAGUCUAGCGUCUCAGUUAUACCGGGAGCUGAUCUGCGUGCCAUACCUGGCCAAGUUUGUGGUGUUCGCCAAGAUGAAUGACCCCGUCGAGGCUCGGCUGCGCUGCUUCUGCAUGACAGACGACAAGGUGGACAAGACUCUGGAGCAGCAGGAGAACUUUGAAGAAGUGGCCCGGAGCAAAGAUAUUGAGGUUCUGGAGGGCAAGCCUAUCUAUGUAGACUGCUAUGGCAAUCUUUCACCUCUCAUCAAAAGUGGGCAGCAGUUGGUUUUUAACUUCUACUCUUUCAAGGAAAACAGGCUUCCUUUCAAUGUGAAGAUCAGAGACAUGGGCCAGGAGCCAUGUGGUCGUCUCUCCUUUCUGAGAGAGCCCAAAACCACAAAAGGCCUUCCACAGACUGCCAUAUGCAAUUUAAAUAUCACACUGCCAACCCACAAGAAGGAUAUGGAGUCUGAUCCUGAUGAUGAGAAUGAAAAGCCAGAACGACGUCAUACCUUUGCCUCUUUAGCUUUGCGUAAGCGCUACAGCUAUUUGACUGAUCCAGCAGCGAAAACAACUGAUCGAAGCCCGCCGAGAACGCAGCCUUCUAGCUACCCUCACAAACCUGUCUUUUCAACAAGAUCUUAUCAGGCGUGGUCACCUGUUCCUGUCGCCCUCACUGGCCAAACCAAAUCUGGGUUUGGCUCCCUCUCCAGUUCGUCAUCCAACACACCUUCUGCCUCUCCAUUAAAAUCCGUCUGGUCCAUCAACUCUGCCUCGCCUAUUAAGACCAACAUUCCUGGAUCACCUGUUUCCUCUGUAAAGUCAGCCAGUGACACGGCCUCUCCAAUCCGAUCUUACAGAACCAUUUCCUCUCCCAUAAAAAGUGUAAUCAGUCAACCCCAGUACCCUAUCCAAGUUACCCACAGUCCCCUGGCCUCACCAGGUAAAAAUGUCUCAGAUCCUUUGUCUAUGAAAGGAUUGGGGGCAUUGUCUGCCAGAACUUCCUCUAUUACUGCAUCUGGAGGAGGAAGCACUCAUCUUGAAAGAACAUCAAUGGGCUUGACCCCACCAACAUCUCCCAAAUCUUCCCUAACUAUGUUCAGCUCUCCCCUCCCAUAUAAAGCUAUAUUGGGAAGUUCUUCCGGCACAUCAUCUUCCUCCUCACCCAUAAAAACAGUCCCUGGUCUUUCCUCUGUGCGUUCUUUUGCCUCAAACGCUACUAGUCCUGCAAGAAACUUGUUUUCUUCUUUUUCAUCCACACUAAAAUCCAACAAUACUCCAAGUGCUGCAGCUCUAAUUAAUGGAUCUGUGUCACCCUCACAGUACUGUUCUUCUUCCCCAACAUCUCCUCUCACCAGCAGUCUGCAAGAGCGAAUACAAGCAACCACCAAUGCCGCUACUACAAGUGUCAAUGCAGCCUUUGAUGAGGUUGAAAAAACAUUCAAUUCUUGCUCUGCUGGAUAUGGUACCCUUAAGUCCUUAUCAUCUUCUGCAUCCUCCUCCUAUCAGUCUAUUAGGUCAUCAGCUUCUGGUUCUCUUUACACCUCCCUGAGAACCUCUCCUAAUGUCACCACUGCUGUAACCUCAAGUACAAUGACCGUUCCAGUUUACUCUGUUAUCAAUGUGUUGCCAGAGCCCCAGUUUAAAAAGUUACCUGAAGUGUCCAAAUCUGCUGCUGCUCUUCUGUCACCAAGAAAAACUAUUCCCUCUGAUGUUAAUGCUCAGUCUUCCUUUGCAAGAACUCUGUCUCCUAUCAAAGCCCCCCCUUUUCCUGCUAACAUUAAAAUGAUCACUACAUCACCACUCUCAUCCAGCCAAGAGAUUUUGAAGGAUGUAGCUGAAAUGAAAGAAGAUUUGAUACGAAUGUCUGCUAUUUUACAGACUGACCCAAAUUCUACAGCCAGCAGGGGAUUUCUGUCAGAUUCUCCCAAGGAGGCUAAGAUAGAAGAUGAAGAGCCAUUUCGGAUUGUGGAGAAAGUAAAACAAGACCUAGUAAAAGUAAGCGAAAUUCUCACUAAAGAUCCUGGGAAGGAUGGUAGGACUUCUCUAGCAAGAGGUUCAUUAGAUGACAUACACUUUUCAAAAGUACCAGUUGAGCAACCACCAAGCAACUGGAGCUAUCCACCAAGAUAUGAAACUGUGGUUUCUGAAGCCAGAUCAAAAGCAAUACCUGACAGAGAUUUUAAUCUUUCUAAGGUGGUCGACUACUUAUCCAGUGAUGUGGGGAGUAGUUCUUUUUCCAAAAUACUUGAUACAAGAAAUAAAAUAGAUGAUGGCAAAAAAGAACUAGAGGUCAAGGAGAAGCAGAAACGAGUUCUAAAACCAACCAUAGCGGUUCAGGAGCAUAAGCUCAAAAUGCCUCCAACAAACAUCCGGUCUUCACCUACAGAUAAAGAAAUCAGUAAAGUAGCAGAUGCACUUUUUGGAGGAGACACUGUGCUAGAAUACCCAGAUGAUAUCUCACAUGAACAAGAUAAAAGUCCUCUCUCAGACAGUGGGUUCGAAACCAGAAGUGAGAGGACACCUUCUGCCCCUCAAAGUGCUGAAGGCAUGGGUCCCAAGGCCCUUUUUCAGGAUAUUCCAGUUCCACCAGUAAUCACUGAGACUAGGACUGAAGUAGUGCAUGUCAUCAGGAGCUAUGAGCCAGAGGACGACAAUCAGCCUUCAAUGGAGGAUGCAAAUCCUGCCAGAAUAAUGGAUUCAGAUUUCAAAGGGCAUCAGAGUCCAUCUCCAUCAACUCCAGACCAACAUAAGUGCUAUUCAGUGAAAGCUAGCCCUGAUGAAGAUCCAAUGGGUAAAGGGAUGAGAGUAAAGGAAGAAACUCACAUAACUACCACCACCAGGAUGGUGUACCACAAACCACCAGGCAAAGAGGCAACAUCAGAGAGAUGUGAGGAAACAAUGUCUGUACGUGACAUAAUGAAAGCUUUUCAGUCUGGGAAGGACCCAUCUAGAGAGCUGGCUGGACUGUUUGAACACAAGUCUACCACUGAAGAUGCAUCACUAAGAGUCCUUGAGGAUAUCAACUCUAAACCUAAAGUUGAAAGAAUAAUUGAGGUUCACAUCGAAAAAGGCAAUAAAACAGAACCAACAGAAGUAAUUAUCAGAGAGACAAAAAACCAUACAGAGAAGGAAAUGUAUUACUGUCCAGGGAGUAGACAAGAAGAUCAGGAGCCUGAACAGUUACUGCCUGUGUAUCUAGACUCUCCCAGAAUGAACACACCAAUGUCACAGGAAGAAGACAGUCACCCUAGUUCAGCUCAGCUUGUGACAGAUGACUCAUACAAAACAUUAAAGCUACUUAGCCAGCAAUCUGUAGAGUACCAUGAAGAUGAAUCAUCUGAGCUUAGGGGAGAAUCAUACAAUUUUGCUGAAAAAAUGUUACUUUCUGAAAAACUUGACCAGUCUCAUUCAGACACAGAGGAAUAUUUGAAAGAUAGGUCUCGAGUUCAUUCACCAGACAGAGGCAGUCACAGUAGGGAGAGGUCACUUGGCCCAAGAACAGAGUAUGUAUUUAGGUCUUCAAGGAAUGUUUUUGACAAAUCUGGGCGAAUGGCCAAUGUUGAUGACAACUUCGACAAACUGACACUUUUGCAGUAUUCUUCUGAGCCUGGCAGCCCAAAGCAAUCUGUUUGGAUGCGUGUGUCAGAUGAUACACAAGUAAAGGAUAAAGAAGAAAUUAUGUAUGAGGACAGAGUAGAUAGGACUGUUAAAGAGGCAGAAGAAAAACUUUGUGAGGUAUCUCAAUUUUUUCGAGAUAGAACAGAACAGCUCAAUGAUGAGCUCUCGUCUCCAGAGAAGAAAUCUCGCAGAACAGAUUUCAGAGAAUCACGAUCAGGGCCAAGUUCAACCCAGAGUAGCCCAGAGAGGUCACCUUAUAGAAGUGGUAGUAGUGGAGAAGACUGGAGCAGAGAGCGGCUAAGAGACAAGUUUGGCUCAAGUGACAGAAAAUGUGCAAGUUUACCCAGCAGUCCAGAAAGACGAGUGUUGCUGCAGUUCAGUGAUGCAGAUUCUAGAAAGCAAGGAGAUAGUAAAACACAUGGAAGUGGAGGUGAUAAUCCUAAAUCUUUUCAAAUGUCUUCCUCAAAAGUUAGUGCAGUGAGGCUAAAGUUUGAGCAAGAGGCUCAAAAGCAAGAUAAGAAUUCUCAAGUUGGCCAAAAUUCAAACCCUCCAAUCAGGAAACUUCAGGAAACUAAGCUGCCUGUGUAUCAGGUGUUUGCAGGUUCUAGUAUUCCAAAAACACCAAAUAGUCCAGGAUACCAAAGGAAAUGUCUGGAGACAGAACCAAAUAAGUUCUCACCAAAGCAUGAGAUCAGUGAAAAAGAUCAGGAAGACAACAAAAUGCUCAGAACUUGGGAGAGCCAAGGGUUUAGACCUUCUAAUUCCCAAUCUCCUAAACUGUCUAAAAUGUCAAUCCAUGAUGCUACAAAAGACUGCAGUAGCAGUGAGCAAAGACAAGAAACUACAAAGAAAAUAAUAUAUUCAGAAUUUGUUGUUAGAGAAAGUCCAAAUAGCAACAAUGUUCUAAAAAAAAACUCGGAAUCGCAAAUUCCUGUAAGAAAAUCAUCUAAUUUUUCUGAAAAUCACAAAACUGCCUCUUUAAAAUUAGAUGGACCACAUGAAAAUUCAAGGUCUCAUACACCUACUUUAGUUAAAAAUUGGUUACACAGUAGCUCUGAAUCCAAUAAGUCUACUCAUGGAUCAUCAGUAGAAAAAUCCACAAUAUUAUCAGAGAGUAACCAGUCAAAUGUAAUGUGUAAUGGUGUUGAUAGUGACCAAGUAGAGUAUUUGGACCAAGUAACUCCUGUAGUUGUCACUGAGGGCUUCAAAGAUAUUAAACCCUUACCUGUGUAUGUCAGUAUCCAAGUAGGAAAGCAGUAUGAGAAAGAAACAACCUCAGGGCAGCUGGGAACAUACAAAAAGAUAGUGAGUCAUGAAAGUAAAACAAUGCAUGAAACUAGAGGUACAUUUUACACUGUCAAACAAAAGCAGACUUCAUCUCCUCAAGGAAGUCCAGAAGAUGACACUCUAGAGCAAGUUACUUUUAUGGAUAGUUCUGGAAAAAGCCCUGUCACACCUGAGACCCCCAGCUCAGAGGAAGUAAGCCUUGCAUCCAGAACACCAGACUCUGUGAUAGGGUUUAUAGCAGGCAUGCCAAGCACUAUCCCAGAAGAAUCUGAGGAGGAAGAUGGGAAGACUUUUAUCUAUAAAGAACCCUUAAAGGAAAAGUCCAAGCCAAUAUCUUCAGAGAACAACAGUACAAAGCAGGAUGAAGAAAGAGGGAAGUCAAAGGACAAAAGAGUUGCCUAUAUAGAGUUUCCACCCCCUCCUCCCUUAGAAGCAGAGCAGUCCAAUGCUGAGAAAAUUAAAUCACGUGCUUCUUCUCAUACAGAAACUGAAAUGAUGGAGGUAAACCUGCAAGAAGAGCAUGACAAGCACCUUUUAGCUGAGCCAAUAAUUAGAGUUCAGCCUCCAUCCCCUAUACCCCCUGGAGCAGAUAAUAGUGACUCUAGUGAUGAUGAGUCUGUCUUCCAUCCCAUCCCUGUCAAAAAGUAUACCUUCAAAAUGAAAGAAGACGGAGAGAAACAUCAGAAACACAAACGGACAGAGAAAAAUGGAAAUAAUAAGGAAUCUGGAGUUAAUGGCAUAGUAAAGGGGGAGGAUGCUGAUUUUGAACAAAAUGGCAAUGACCAGUCAGUUACUGACUGCUCCAUAGCAACCACAGCUGAGUUCUCUCAUGACACAGAUGCAACUGAAAUUGACUCUUUAGAUGGAUAUGACCUUCAGGAUGAAGAUGAUGGGCUGAGUGAGGACCCUAAAACAUCAAGUUUAUCUGCUGAUGGGAAAACGGCUGACCGCUCAUUUGGUCAAUCUAAACUUGAAGUGAUUGAAGAAGAGAAAUAUGAGGAAGGAGGAGAUAAUGGAAAGACUGAAAGCAGCACAACUGAAGCAAAAGAUAGUGGGGAUGAAAAAGACUAUACCCUUGAAGGAAGACACCCUGAUAGGCAGAGUUUUGCAGAAAAUUAUUUUGGGUACCAACUUCAGGAGGAGCUAAAUUCAACUUUUAAAACUGUUGCCACCAAAGGUCUGGACUUUGACCCUUGGUCCACAAAAGGUGUUGAUAAUGAAGGGGUUUUCGAGUCUAAAACAAAAGAAGAGGACCCCAAGCCCUUCAGUUUAUCAGUGGAGGACAAAUCACAGGCUACAACACCAGACACAACCCCUGCCCGAACACCAACUGAUGAGAGCACACCAACUAGUGAACCUAACCCCUUCCCUUUCCACGAAGGGAAGAUGUUUGAGAUGACCCGCAGUGGUGCUAUUGACAUGAGCAAGCGGGACUUUGUUGAAGAGAGACUUCAGUUUUUCCAGAUUGGUGAGCAUUCCUCUGACCCUAAAACAGGGGAAAAGGGGAGAGGGGGCAAGAUCCUGGGGGUACUUUCCUCUCAGUCAAAAACAGGAGAGAGGUCCUCAGUAGAUGAUAAAGUGAAGGUUCUAGCUACUAGCGAUACUACCUUAGACUACAACACUACAUCAACAACACCAGCAUCAACUACAGCAAAAUGCAGCCCUGCACAGCCUGGCAGUGACAUAGGCUAUGCUGGUACUGAUAUCCCUGCCUGUGAAGCCAUAGCUGAGACUGCCUCAUCCUGCACAAUCACAGCCUCUAAGGUUGAUUCCAAAUUACGAACUCCUAUUAAGAUGGGCAUAGCUGCCUCUAUUACUGUGAAAAAAGACUCAGGGGAUGUCACCGAUUGUAAAGCUGAAAUAUCAGAUGGUCAGAUGGUGCCAGAGUACAUUAGUAUAGAGAGUCAGUGUACAGAGAAACAGUGUAGCAGCCAUACUGAGUCCAGGCAAGAGAAGAAAGACUACCCUUCUGAAAAUUCCAACAACAACAAUAACCUUGAGUCCUCCAGUGUUCAGGCCAACUAUAUUCAGUGUGGUAGUGUGGUAUUUAAUUUGCAGUCCUCCUCUGAGCCUACCCUUCAAAAAGCUAGCAGAAUAGAAACAUUGUGCUCUAGGGAUAAGGAUGAGAGAGUGAAAGUGACCAACAGCAAUCAGGCACAGGAGCAGAAAAAUGAAACCAUUAAAGAAAAUGAGGUGAAACAGCCCAAGUCAAGGCUUCCAGUUAAAGCAUCAGGGUGGUCAUUUCAUACACAGGGAACAGCCAUUGGUAAGCAGAAGCCUAAACAAGCAGUCACAGUUGAGGUUAGGAAAAAAGGAGUGCCAGUCAUAGCCAAAGUAGAGCCUAGAUCAAGGAUACCCAUCAAAGAUGUCAAAAAGAGUAGUCCUGCUGCAACAGCUAGCUUACCUGUUUCAGUUCGGAUUACCUCACAACCUAUGAAAACAAUGAACACAGAAAGAACAGCCAUAAAGCUGCCCACUAGAUUACCACUUAAAGACAGACAUCAGUUAAGCAGUGUCACAAGUGAGGGAGCAUCUAGACAGAGCAGACAGGAAAACCCUAGUGAGCUUUGUAAGCGCACCAUCGAAUACUUUAAGGACAUUAGCGGGGAGACGAUAAAGUUGGUGGACCGCCUUUCAGACGAGGACAAAAAGACGCAUACAGAGCAGUCGGAGGAAGACAGCACCUCCCGAAGCACCUCUCUGUCGGACGCCUCCCAGCCUUCCCAGCCCUCCCAGCCCUCCCGCUCAUCCAGGUCUGGUAGAGGUUCGAGGGCUGAGGCCGGGGCCGCAUCCGUAAGGGCAAAGGUGGCGACGACGGACAGGUCUUCCGGCAGUGAGAGGAGCAGGAGGAGUAGGCGGACUGGUGGGAAGGAGGGCAGUCAGGGACUCACAGGGUCUCGAACGCCUCCCAUCGCGGAGAUCAAGCCUAGUCCACAAAGUCCUUGUGAACGAACAGACUUGCGCAUGGCUAUUGUUGCAGAUCAUUUAGGACUCAGUUGGACAGAGCUGGCUCGGGAGAUGAACUUCACAGUGGAUGAGAUCAACCACAUCAGGCUUGAGAACCCCAACUCUCUGACAGCACAAAGCUUCAUGCUUUUGAAAAAAUGGGUCAGUCGAGAAGGAAAAAAUGCCACAACGGAUGCCUUAUCAUCAGUGCUGACCAAAGUCAAUCGGAUGGAUAUUGUGACUUUACUGGAGGGUCCAAUAUUUGACUAUGGUAACGUUUCAGGCACGAGAUGUUUUGCCGAUGAUAACGCUGUUUUCCGGGAUCACGCUGAUGAUUAUCAGAGCAUUCUCACGGAGUUGCAGUCUCCUGCCGCUCUGCAGUCCAACCCCUACUUUUUGGAACCUGAGCUCCCAGUCACCCCCAACCCUUCCCUUGCCCACCAUCAACAGUACCAUUACCCAGAUUCAAAUGCCCCUUUACACACCGACACCCAGUUUCACCCUCCACCUUGGAGUCCAGAGGUGGAACCUUGUAGCAGAGAGCCAGACAGCCCCCCUAAGAGUCCCCCCAGACCUAACGAGCUUGCCCUGAGCAUUCCUAUCUUUGAACUUCCUGAGCCUGAUCCUUCUAAGGUCAGAAAGCCCCACAUUGCUUUAAACGAUCAGCUGCUUUUGAGUGAAGAGGAAGACAAGUCUGUUCAUGAGGUAGAGCCUAUCCAAAAGCCAAGAUCACCAUCCUUCCCAACAAUGUGUGACUUGGACGUUGACAUGGCAUACUCUACAUCCUCUCUUUCACUGUCAUCUGCGUCAACAGUAACGCCAUCAACCCCUGACAGAGCGCAAGUGAGUGAUGGAGGAGAACAUCUGGGUGUCUUGAAUGAGGGGGGAAAGGACACUGGUUGGAAAGCAAGUGAAGUGGAGGUGACAGAAAAAAUGGAGAAAGUUGUUGAGAUGUUUGCAGUGCAGUUAGCAGAGGAAAGCAAAUUUGUUGAAAAGUGGGUAGAGCAGGAUUUGAUCAAAAACGUGGAAAGAAAGUGUGAGAUGGUUACGAAAGGCAGGUCUAAGAUAGCAGAUGAACAUGUCAUUUUGGUGGAACAGAAGUGGUCUGUUGAGCAGGAAAAAAAUGAAAUGAAUGAGAAGCCUGACCUUAUUCAAGAUGGAAGUAAGGGGGAAGCAUGCAAUGUUGAGAGAAUUGAAAACAUUCAUCAUCAGACUCUUAGUUUGGUAGAGUCUGAGCAUAAAGGGGAAAAAGAUGCAUCAGAAGCGGAAACUGACAAAAAGGAUAUUGAUCAAACAUCUGGCGUUCAAAAAGUUCAUGAGAGCUGUGGGGAAAGCAACCAACAGGAUAAGACAAAACAUGACACUGAUGAAGCACUUCAGUUUAAAGACACAAAAUAUAUUUUUGCAACAUCAGAAGAAAAUCUGGCACCUAAAGAUCAGACUCUAGCUGACCUCUCCCCUCAGGCCUGGGCUGAAGCACUUAAGCAACUCCAGCCCAGUGAGUCUGGAUCCACUGAGGAAGAAGAGGAGGAGAGAAGCAAAGAAGUCCACAAUGAGACAUUAGCAUCUUUACUGGAAGUGGUGAAGAAAGAAGAAGGCUCAGAGGAGAAGGAGGAGGACAAGAAAGAAAUAAAGGACUCCAAAGAUCAAGAGGGUACUGAAGAGGUUGAACAUGCAGACAAAAUCAUGUGUUCACUUUCAGGUUGGCAUAGUGAUUCAUCCAGUGUCAAUGUUGAACCGCCAACACCAGGCCGCAGUGUCAGCUCAGAUCUGCUUGACAAACAUGAAAGCCAUGAAAACUCAAGUGAAUCCAUUACUUCCUCAUCUCGGGCAGAAUCAGGGAGGUCCCGGCAGAAUGGCAAUAAUUCAAAGCAUUCACCUCAGGACGGCUCAUCAGAAUCAUCAAGUGGCAGGAAAGGUGGAACGUUGGUGUCAGAGAAAAAAGUUCAGCGAGUUAGUGUAGAAUCUGGUUCAGAGGAAGAACAGACCGUAACAACCAGAAUCUUCAGACGCCGUCUCAUUUUAAAGGGGGAAGAAGCAAAGAACGUCCCCGGUGAGUCUGUGACAGAGGAACACUAUAUGGACCACGAUGGGAACCUCAUCAGUAGAAAAGUGAUCAGAAAGGUUAUUCGACGGGUGUCAACCCCUACACCAGAAAACCAAGGAGGUAGCAGGUGGCACAGUGACCUCCAACUCUGUCCCACUCUGCAGGAUUAUGAGGCAGAGCAGGGAGAAGCUUCAAGAAAAAGCAGGCGGCCAGAUGAGAGAAGAUCAGGGGAUAAAAAGCACCACUCAUAGGGAUGGUUUUGUCUUAGCAGGUCUACAGGAACCACGGUGUUCAAACGGGCUGUGGGGUUCCAGUGUGCAAACUGAAGGCAAAGGUCCAGUCUGCAACUUCCUGCUUCAAACAAAGUUUUAUACCUGAGAGGAGUCGACCCUUCUGAUUUACGCAUGAGCAUGAAAAACUCACUCCUGGUCAAUCAAAAGACCUGAGAGGUUUUCACUCUUCGACCAUGGUGGACCAGCGCACAGUGAUUCUGCUUCCUGCUUUGUGUGAGACAGCGUGUGCCAUGGGUCCACUGAUGGCGCGAGAACUUUCUGAGGAGCACCGUUUGUUGGUUAACACAGCAAAAACUCCACAUUGGUGCAACUGUGACCAAAGAUGGCACAAGAGCUCAAUGCACAUGAGGGGAGUGAGAAGAAAAAAAAAACUGAAAGACACAAAAAAAAAUUUUAUGGAACACUUCUGACCCAACUUCAACACUCGCCUUAUAGGUCUUUUCUCAAGCUCAUAGUUGACAGGACGUGAACUGUUUUUGGACUUUUUUCUUUUCCUUUUUGAAACUUAAACUAACACAAAAGCUUCUUUUUUUUCUAUAUACAAAAUGACAGUGUGUAUAAUUCUUAAAUAAAGGGUAAGGUGGUCCGAAUGCACUGAGGAGAAUGAGCUUUUCAAGUGCUUUCAUAACCUACCAGAAACGGUUUCACUUCAAAUAAACAAGUGUAACUUGGCAACUUCUUGUAUAGUUAAUUAUUAGAGCAGGUAUAAUGUUUGUAUGGGCGUGGGGGGGUGGGGUGGUUUGAUUUUACUAGAGGAAAUUUCCAAUAAAACGUCUAUUCCCCAAGUGGGAAUUGAAAUAAUUCUGCAAAAAAAAGCAGCCUUUCAGAGUUACUCAUAUUUUCAUGCAUGCUGGUCACAUUAUUUUAGGUACAAUUUUUACAAGUUUGUGAACACUGUAUUUGAGUGACAAAUAAAACCCUUUAUCUCUGUACACAUGUAGCCCUGAUAUUUGUCACCAGUUUUAUAUUCUUAACUAAAGGGAUGCCAUUAGAUUAUUUCUAUGCUGGGGUUAGAAUGGGAAAAAAAGAAAAAAGAUCUAUAGAGGAUGUGAUGUCUUGUCUGUCUGUGUAAAAACUGGAGGGCAGCUUUUGCUAAGGAUGAGUGAUCUGAAUGUAAAUGCUUGUAGGCUGGCUCUCUGGAAAACUACAUGUACUGUGUGUAUUGGCUGUAAGGUGUAGGCAUCUUUACACUGUUAAACUGUUUGUAAUCAUUUUUAGCAGUGUGUCACUUGGGUUUCCUAAUGGCUGCUGUGGUGUUUAAAAAAAAAAAAGAAAGAAAAUCGGGGCAUUGUUCUUUAGAUUUUCUUUUUGCUUUUUGCAGAAGUACUUCCUUAAUUUAAAAUCUCCUCACGUUAAGGUCACAAAACCAUUGUUUGAUUGUAGCUCUAAAUAGCAUAAUGUAUGACAAAACACUGGAUGGUCAAAACCAAUAAUUUAACCAUUAAAUAAAUUGUGUUUAACUCUGAAACUGUGUGAUCUCUUUUAGGCUUGAGAGUCGGCAGAUGCAGUGUCAAAUAAAAUUGUUUUUACUGGCUCACUGGAAAGAUUUGACUUCACAUUAGUGUUUUAUCUUUGUAUUGGUUUUCAUUAGAGGCCCAUGUAGUUCAGGUGUGGUGUUUUACUGAUGCAAGGGCUCGGUACGCUGGUGCCUAUGCUGUGGACAUGAAACUAUGUAAUAUGUUUCUUUGUUGUUGUUUUUGGGUGGGGUUAAAAUGAAGUAAAAUAAGGUACAAAAUCAUAUCCCCUUCGGCUACUAUGUCAAUCUGAGGGGAGAGGAUCUUUUGAUAUGGUUGAAACCUCAAUUUUUUUGUCAAUUUUGUUGAUGCGUUUUCACCUGAGCAGAUUUUUUGAUGUACAAUUCUUACUAACAGAGUGAAGCCAUUGAAAUGUAACUAUUCUAGCACUUUGGUUAUUCAAGGUCUUUUUGAGGCUAUAUAGGAGAAACAAAGCCACCACAAAUGUUUCGGACAUCUUAAAAAAAAAAAAAAAAAAA